CCGUCAUGCAUUUCGGCAGGCGCGCGCUUCCGCUUUUAUAUGAUGAAAUUUUAACGAGUCUGAAUUGAAUUCUCUCACUAUUAGAGACUCAGAAUUACAUCUCUUCAUUAACAACGAUAUCAACACAAACUACAUCAACAACAUUUUCUUCAUUUUACAAAACUUUUAAGUUCGCGCGAGACCAUUUAUUUUCCACCAGUUUCCUCUUCCGCUGCUCAGCUUUGUGUCACAAACUCAGUGAGAUGUCGUUUUCCGGUGAGGACAGUCGGGAUCAACACACCCGCAUUCACGCUCGGAGUUCUCCAGGAUUCCUGGAGCGUCUGGGAGAAACGGUGGGGGGGAUGGUGGUGGGUGUGGUCAUCUUCUGUGUCUCAUUCUACGUGCUCUUCACUAAUGAGGGCAGAGCGAUUCGCACCGCAUCCUCUCUGGAUGAAGGACUCUCCAAAGUCAUAACUCUUCACCCAGACAUCUCUGCUGACCCCCAGAACAACGGGCACCUCGUUCACCUCUCAGCCUCUCUGCACACGGCUCAGCCUCUUUAUGAUCCAAACUACAGGGUUGCAGUUCAGGCGGUGAAGCUAAAGCGGAAUGUAGAGAUGUACCAGUGGGUGGAGUAUCAGGAGUCACGGGACUACCAAGAGAACGGGGAAACUAAAACAGAGACCACGUACUCAUACAACACGGAGUGGAAGUCUGAGAUCAUCAACAGCAGACAUUUUGAUAAGGAGAUCGGACAUGUCAAUCCCAGUGCGAUGGCGGUGGAGAGUGUCACUGUCGUCGCACCUGAUGUGUGGGUCGGCCAUUUUUCUCUCUCGAAGGGCUUAAUCGAUCAGAUUAAUAAUUUCCAGACCCUGAGUCUGAAUGCACUUCCAUUUACUGACCCGUUUCUCACAGUGUACCAAGAUUAUUUCUACCACACCGCCAACCCACGAAGGCCAGAGGUAGGAGACGUACGUGUGAGCUUCUCCUAUGCCGGACUUAGUGGUGAAGGCUCGUUCCCUGGACCAGCACAGAAAGUGAGUGUGGUGGCAAUGCAGAAGGAAGACAAACUGAUGCCUUUUAAAACUAAAUCAGGAGACACGCUGGAGAUCCUUUACCUGGAGGAGCUCACACCAGAGGAGGUCUUUGCUCGAGAACAGCAGUAUAACAUGAUGAAGACCUGGGCUCUGAGAGCAGGUGGUUGGCUUCUCAUGCUCAUCGGGAUCAAUCUGACUAUGCGCAUCUUUUACACUCUUGGUAAUUUACAACCCCCCCACCCCACACACACAAGUGGACUGGGUCCCUGUCCUGAGAGAGCUGGUGUAUGUGGGUGUGAAAAUCUUUGCCGUGUGUGUGUCCUGCUCGCUCUCUCUCCUCACCAUCUCCCUCGGCUGGCUGUUUUAUCGCCCCCUGGUGGGCACACUGAUUGCUGCAGUUGCCCUUCUGCCCAUCCUCAUCGCACACGCUCGUAAAGCCGAGAAAAAACACCAGUGACAACUAAUAGAGAGUGGACGGUGAAUUCACAUACAACUUCAACUGCUGCUGCUCAUCACACACAAUAUACAGAACACAACACUCUGGUGACUUGAAAUACAACAGGAGUGUGAAUUCAUGUCUCUGUAAUACUCGGUUCUGGACUGAUGUUAAAAACCAAAGCUAAACACAUCUCAGUCAUAUGUAUUAUGUUCAUUUUUUAAAGACACACAGUCACAGUUCAAUCACUCUCAGCACCAGCUCACAAGCUCAUGCAAUUUUGCUCAUUUAUAAGCUGAAAAUUAAUUGCAGGCAAGUUGCUGUGGUUUGGAACAAUAAAACCUGGGGACGUGCUGUUCGAGGAACACGACGAGCUUCAGUGUUUGAACAGUAACAGUGCUUGGCGUCAGGCUGCACCACGUCACCUCACUGAUUUAUUUAUUUUUAGCUUUGUAGCAUCCUUUGUAUUCCUUCCGUUUGACCGAUCAGAAUCCAGCGGUACUGAGGUGUAAAGUGUGUCCAAGUUCAUAUUGUAAUACGCAUUGUGCCAUUAGCUACGAUUGUUCCUUCAUCUGAUUGACUUUAUUUUCUUCUAAAGAACGUUAUGAUGUUUUGAAAAACUGCACUUCUGUAUGUUUUGAUGAGUAUGAAAAUUAAAAACAGUCAACCCCUUUCA